CUGGUGUCGAAAACAAGUCGAAAAUGCUGUCUGCACUGCGAGCCUGGAGUCGAAUAUCUCAGCCAUUUCAUCACCUUCUUUGGCCAUGACACUCAAUCAGACGAUGCGGCGGAAGCGUCCGCAGAAAGCCAAAGACCCCAAGUCACCGUUACUCGAGACCUGCCCUCAGAGAAAGGGUGUCUGCUCGCAGAUUUUUAUAAUGAAACCCAAGAAACCCAACUCGGCGAAGCGGAAAGUCGCGCGUGUCAAGUUGACUACUGGGAAGACUGUCAUGGCGUACAUCCAGGGCGAGGGACAUAACUUGCAGGAGCACAGUGUGGUGACAAUCCGUGGUGGACGUGCUCAGGACUUGCCUGGUGUCCGUUAUAAGGUCGUCCGUGGAUCUUUAGACUUCGGAGGAGUAGUCAACCGUAUGACUGCACGGAGUCGAUACGGAGCCAAAAAGCCCAAGAAAUAAUAUACCUCACUAGUUAUUUGGUUUCACUAGUUUGCCAACAGCAACCUAAACCUAGAAUUC